AUGGAUCACCUUCCAUCUGUUAAGAUAAUUGAGAUCUGUAAAGUGGCUCCUCCGCCGCCGGAGCCGUCACGUGCGGCGGCUUUGCCGUUGUCUCUUCCUCUCACCUACUUCGACCUGUUUUGGCUGAGGUUCCAUCCAAUCCAACGCCUUUUCUUCUACGAGUUACCGUCUAGUGAUAUAUCUUUUAUUGACGAAAUUGUUCCGAAGCUCAAAACCUCUCUUUCUCUUACUCUUCGCCAUUAUCUUCCUCUGGCUGGCAACCUCGUCUGGCUUCCGCAGUCGGAGGUUCCGACCAUCGAGUUUGUCGACGGGGACGGUGUUACUCUGACGGUGGCUGAGUCCGGAGCUGAUUUUUACGAACUUUCCGACAAUGGGUUCCGUGAAGUUUCUGAAUUUCAUCCUCUUGUCCCCCAAUUGCCUGUUUCUGAUGAUCGUGCUGAAACAAUUGCUAUCCAGGUCACCACAUUUCAAAACAAAGGGUUUUCCAUUGGAAUAACCAAUCACCAUGCAGUUAUAGAUGGAAGAAUCUCAACUUCAUUUAUCAAAUCAUGGGCUCAAAUAUGCAUGGACGAAUCAACCGUUCCAACCGCCAAGCUAAAGCCAUUCUAUGACAGGUCGGUUAUUGAUGAUCCAAAAGGUUUUGCCAAAAUCUAUGCAAGCGCAUGGCUGAACCAAGACGGACCCGACAACAGGAGCUUAAACCUUAAACUACCCAAAACUAAUCCUUGUUUAAUCCGAAGCACUUUUGAGUUCACACACCAGAACCUGCAGAAGCUAAAGCAAUGGGUUUUGAAGAAGAAUGAUGAGCAAAUGUCUUCAUUUGUAGUGGCAAUGGCUUAUCUUUGUGUAUGUACAGCCAAGUUGGAGGGUUUAAGCGAUGGAAAAUUGUGGUUUGGAUUUGCUGCUGAUGCUACGUCUCGUUUAAAGCCGCCAGUGCCUUUGAAUUACUUUGGAAAUUGUUUGAUUGGUGGUAUUAUUCCCUUUGAAAGAGGUGAGCUUUUGAGUGAAAAUGGAAUAGCUUUGGCUUGUGAACAGAUCUUAAAAGCUAUUAAAAAUUUAGAAGGAGGAGGUUUAGAGGGGGGAGAAAAGUAUGGGACUAUUAUGACCGAAUUNUUAAUACAGGUCACCACAUUUCAAAACAAAGGGUUUUCCAUUGGAAUAACCAAUCACCAUGCAGUUAUAGAUGGAAGAAUCUCAACUUCAUUUAUCAAAUCAUGGGCUCAAAUAUGCAUGGACGAAUCAACCGUUCCAACCGCCAAGCUAAAGCCAUUCUAUGACAGGUCGGUUAUUGAUGAUCCAAAAGGUUUUGCCAAAAUCUAUGCAAGCGCAUGGCUGAACCAAGACGGACCCGACAACAGGAGCUUAAACCUUAAACUACCCAAAACUAAUCCUUGUUUAAUCCGAAGCACUUUUGAGUUCACACACCAGAACCUGCAGAAGCUAAAGCAAUGGGUUUUGAAGAAGAAUGAUGAGCAAAUGUCUUCAUUUGUAGUGGCAAUGGCUUAUCUUUGUGUAUGUACAGCCAAGUUGGAGGGUUUAAGCGAUGGAAAAUUGUGGUUUGGAUUUGCUGCUGAUGCUACGUCUCGUUUAAAGCCGCCAGUGCCUUUGAAUUACUUUGGAAAUUGUUUGAUUGGUGGUAUUAUUCCCUUUGAAAGAGGUGAGCUUUUGAGUGAAAAUGGAAUAGCUUUGGCUUGUGAACAGAUCUUAAAAGCUAUUAAAAAUUUAGAAGGAGGAGGUUUAGAGGGGGGAGAAAAGUAUGGGACUAUUAUGACCGAAUUGACCAAUGAUUAUUCUAAAGCACAAGCCAUUUCCCUUGCUGGGUCACAUAGAUUUGGAGUUUACAAUGUAGAUUUUGGGUGGGGAAAGCCAAUGAAGGUGGAAAUAGUGUCAGCUGAAUCACCAUUAGUGUUUUCUUUGAGUGAUAGCAAAAAUAGCGAUGUGGGAAUGGAGAUUGGAGUGGUUAAAGAGAGAGAUCAAAUGGAAACUUUUGCUGCUCUCUUUAAUGAAGGUUUUGAUGCUCUUUGAAAUCAUUGAAGUUGAUCCAAAUGUGUUAUCAAUUCGCGUCU